GAAAGAAAAAAAAACAGAGGAAAAGAGAUGGCCACAGAACAGAGGAGUUGGCAAUGUUAUCCCUUUGUUUGUGUCCAUCAUCAUCAUUAUCAUCCAUGGCUUGUCACUCAUCAUUAAUCCAUGCUCCAUUGUUGUCAUCUUCGUCACACUUGUUCUGCUCUUCUUUUAUAAACCUAACCCAAUACAUCCCAAUUAUCAUAAACCCAAAUCAUAAAACCCCCCUUUUGUCAGCAGCUUCUUUUUAUUCCAAUUUCCAUCCUUUAAAACCACAACUUCAUUUUGAUCCCAUUUUAUUAUUAUACACAAGUGGUGGCGGUGGGUUUAAACCCCCUUUGGAUACUCAAACAUUUCUUGCCACAAUUAGUGUUUUGGUUGCUAUUUCACUCUCACUGUUUCUUGGUCUCAAGGGAGACCCAGUUCCUUGUGAGAAAUGUGCUGGCAAUGGUGGCACCAAAUGUGUUUUCUGUAACGAUGGGAAGAUGAAGCUGGAAACGGGAUCAGUUGAGUGUAAAGUAUGCAAGGGUGCAGGAUUGAUACUCUGCAAGAAGUGUGCAGGUUCUGGAUAUUCAAAACGCUUAUGAAUUGGCAUCCAAUUUAUACGUUUUUUCAGCAAAUAGCUGCUUCAGACCUGUACCAACGGCUCAUUCUUUUCUCUUGUUAUAUGUUUCUGUUUAGUCCUCUAAGUUUUAUACUUAGCUUUUGGAGACUUAAAAUCUGUUCUAAGUGACACCGAUGUAUAACUUUUGUAAUUGUAUAAAUGAUUCCAAAGGCUUUUAGCAA